UGUCCACUCUGUCGCUCAAGGUUCCUGGCAAUCGAGACAAGGUCCCCUGUGCAGCGUGCGCGAAGAAGCACCCGUCUUCGUCGUCGCCCACAUCCUCCAGCUCGUCUUUGCCCAGGGCUGUUCCCGCUUCUAUUGCUGCGCCACCAAUUGUUGCGACCUCUACGAGAUCUUUGCUACAAAAAGACAAAGACGGAGGUGACGCUCCAAUACCUUCAGCAAAGUCCAUGACGACCAUCACACAAGAGAUGAUGCAUUCCAAUUUACCAGCCUACACAGGCAUUAUCACACGCAUCAAUCCCAUCAAGCGUGUCGCAGCCUGGGUAGACGACCUAGAGGAUCUGGAGGUGCCGGAAGAAGAUCUCGAUUUUAACCAUGUGCGCUCCAUCCUCGCGAAAUCGCCUCCAGCCCUGGAAACAUUGGAGUCCAUCGAUCUCUGGGAUACCGACAGUGAGAAUUCAACAUCACGGAGCGACGAUGUACCCAACACAGAAACACUGUCUAGAGCAAUGUCUUCUGUUACAGUCUCCACUAUGUCGAUAAUGCAACUGUCGCAACUAUCGCAGCCGUCAGUAAAUGGAUCAAUUCGCCCAGAAAACAGAGGAGGUGUUCAAAGGACGGAUUCACGAGCGGGUCUGAGGGCGGAUACAGAGGCAAUGGAGACUCUGGAUGAUGACUUUGAUCUGCCAGAGGACUUUAACUCGCUAAGGUUACAAUUACCAGGGCUAAACAACCAGGAGCCUUAUCAGUCUGGAUCUAUAAAAAACCGAUGCCUUCUCAAGAGCCACGUGUCGUUACAGCAGUGGCGGGAUUCUGGAUCUGAUAUCGACGACUUUGAAUUCGGAACCCCCUUGGACAACAACAGCCUCUCGAGUAGCGCUUCAUUUUCCAGGGAUAGCAUGGUAGAUGAGGAGAACUUUUUGGACGGUAUCAUCUUCCCCGAGGCCAUGGAGGGCCUACAGCUCGUCAUCAACCGCACCUAUCGACCAGAGUUGGAUCCGUCUAUCUUUGGGAAGGAAUCACGCUUUCAAGAGGAGCAGGAUGACUUUUGGGACGGGCUCGGGGUUGACGAUGACGACGCAUUCAACCACAAGGGUCGGAACAAAAACCUGAUAGUACGAGCUGCUCCUAUGGGUCGAGAUCGGAGUGAAUCACGCGUCCAGAGGGAGGUGGUGCCUUUGAAAGACUUUGUUGCCUUGCCAUCUCGUAUUCCGCGUCUUUGCCGCACCCCAGGCGACAAUUCGAAGUCUAUUACGCCAGCACAAAGUCUUUCAAGGAUGCACUCUACGCAGUUCGAGUUGCCGUUACGAGACCUCAGAUCUAAAUCCUCCAUACCGCGGAUGAGGCGCUCUAGCAUUCCUAAAAAGAAUGGGACUAGGUCCUCAUUGAUCAUCUCUUCAGUGGACCCUAGCGAGGGCAGCAGUGCUUGCUCAUCCACAUUUACUUCUCGAGCCCCUACACCGACGGCAUUACAGUUCACAGGCAGCAAGAGGAGUUCCCUGCUAUCGAACACGGAUGAUUUUCCUAGCUUCAAAGCAUCAUCUUUGGCUAUGCGCUCCGUAUCCUUCACUGAACCUGCAGAAACCACAAGACUCGACAAUCUAAAGUCAGGGGAGCUGGCACUGUCCCUAGCAAACUCUCCCAGAGCGAAACCGCCUACGCCUCAGAACCAAGGAAAAUCGUUUUCCGGCCUUCGGACCCUUGUGCGGAAACUAGAACUUGUUCGACCUAAAUUCUCCACAAGAAGCCCUAUUCCUGUUUUCGAGUCAGUCGCGACUUUAGAAUCCGAGUCGAGGCCCCUGGCAUUACCAUAUCCCGCCAAAUCGAAUCCGCCUAUCGAGCCUGAAAACGACUUGAAAGGUGCACUGAAAAGGCCGCCUAAUUCACGAUCAUCAUCAUGCACAGACUGGGGGUCGCUUCUCGCGUCUACUGAAAUUACAAAGGAGAGCCGACCUUCUUCAAGAGCGGGCCUUGUUUCUUUGGGAGAUAUUUCUGAGGUCUUAGCAACAGACCCUGGGGAGACAGUCACUCCCGUUGCUGCUACAGAUAGAUUCUCUCGGCGAGUUUUCUUAAAGCGGUCUCCCAAACACAGCACAUUUGGUGACGGCUCAGAGCUGGAUCGUUUCGACAACCUUCCGACUUUUGGGCCACGACAAAAGCGCGAAGAAGAAAGGCUACAAGCAUCGCAAGUUGUAGUCCAAGUUAGGAGACAUUCGACGGAGAGGGUAGCAGCAUGGUUACGAAAGCCUCAGUCGAUAGCUAACUUCAAGGAAUUUCACAAGCCGGAAGGUAACGUUGCACAAUGGAGCUCUUUGGAAGGUCCCUGGCAAUUUUGCGAAGCACCGAUCUUACAUUGUGACCUAUUUCAAUUCUGUAUUGACAGCGAAGGCCACCGAGUGCGAGCAACCCUCUCCGUCGAAGAUCCGCAAAUCCAAAUCUUUAAGGAAGUCGCUAUUUGACAUAUUUGGACAGGCUGCAACGGCGCCAGAGCCUGCCGAGGU